AUGGGAAAACACAACAAAGUAAACCGUAAAAAUUACUGGAAAAGACGAAAAAGGAGAUUUACAGGAAGGGGAAAUAAAGAACAGUGCUCUUCAACUUGCAGCAAGGAGGAGCAGAAUCAUGGUGGCUUGGAGAGUGAUUUUGACCAUGCAGACAAUGACAGUGAGGAUCAGGCUGGCCAUAGCUUGCAGAACUAUCUGGACACUUCAGAUAAUGGCAGUGAAUAUCAGAAUGAUCAUAGCCUCGAAAACAGUCUCAUCCCUUCAGUUAAUGACAGUGAGGGGCUGAAUGUUAAUGCUGAAGAUGAACUCACAGCCUGUAGCACUGAUAAUGAAAGUGAACGCAGUGAUAAAUGCCUUGAUUUAAAUGAUCCCAAGGUCAUAAAACUCUUUGACCAACCUAAACCAACUGAGGAUCCACUGUGGGUGAAUAUGUUUGUGUAUCAAAGACAUAAGAGGAAGCUGUUAAAGCUGUUGAGAAACCCACUUGGAGUCAAAUAUUAA